CAUUUCUCUUCUCCAUGGAAUGAUUUCUACUUCUCUAAAGGGUAUUUUUCAUCCUAUCUUCCUGAUGUGAAGAAUGAUCCUCACCACAUAUAGUUUUUCUGAAGUGAAGCAACUGAUCUACUGCAUCACUGUCCUCCUGUUUACUUUUGCGAUGUGGAUACUCAGUGUGAUCCUAGUGAGCAGUAUAUCCUGGCGUGUGUGGGAAUUUGACAGUCAGGUUGUUCCCCUUGCCUACAUUGGACUUUGGAAGGCCCAGUACUAUCUCAGGGAAAACACCUCUGUCCUAGUGCUAGCAGAAGCUGACAUCCACAGUGGGUGGACCUAUGCAGUUGAACUUGAGUAUGCAAAAGAACUAAUGAUGUUGGUGAAUUUUAUGCUGUUUGCGGCCGUGAUCUUCUGCACCGUGGCCUUUAUCGUCAGCAGGUCAAAGACUAACUACCAAGAUUUCCUGACACUCUACUACACAUUCUCAGCCCUCCUUCUUUUACUCAGCUCUGGCUGUGUGGCUCUGGCUGUGAGCUGGAACUACACCAUGGACUUAUCUGGCCAAAGCACCCUUGAUUUCCCAUUAGAGUUUCCUGUUGAAAAAGAGGAUGUGACCAAGAAACACUCGUCCUACGUGUUCCCACUGGGAAUCAGCACUGCUGCUCUGUCCUUCCUUGAUGCCAUCCUGUGCCUUUACUCUAUGAUCUUCACAGAGCCCAAGCCCAUGCCCCCAGAAGAUGAUCCCUGAGGCUCACUCGAAGGCACGGAAUGUAGGGCUGGAUGGUGGGAGGUCCUGAAUGCAGGGAGCUUGAGGUAUUUGCCACCGAGGUGGCACAUUGGGGCAAGUACAUCCUCACUGCAAAUAAAAUUAUGUCCUUGGUAUCUCCGUGUGUGUCUCAGGUUUCUGGGCUCCUCUGUUCCGUUGGUCCAUCUCUUCCUUGAAGGGCUUCAUUUCUGGUAAUCGGCCUUCUGACACUUCCUGUUAUGUGCUGCCAAAAUCCAUAGGCAAGGAAGUAUGCUGCCUGGUGUGUGCCAGCUCACAUCAGUGACAAGGACCUGCUCCACAGUGGCCCCACCGUGGAAAGAGGCUGUGGGUGCACACAGAAAUCAUGCAUUCUCAGGGCCUCGCACUCUGUCAGAUGUGCUCAGUGUUGAGGUCAGAGCAGGUUUCCCCAGCCUUGUUACUAUGGACAUUAGAG